GAGAGCUCGGAUACUCGACACCCAAAGAUUUCUCCGCCAGCCGAGAGCGAGGCCACGGCGGUGAUUUAUUAGCCUGCAAUCUGGUUGCCCAGAGGGCCUGAUAAGCACCCUGAAUGGAGCCUGAUGUCAUGCUCGUGUCAAGCGGGUAGCUUCCCACAACAGAAAGCCCGGGAGCGUCACUCGAGGAAGAGGGGAAGAGAGAGAGAGAGAAAGGGACCUUGCUCAGUCUCGCCUCUCCCCCGCGUCGUUCCCAGCCUCGCCACGACACGCCCCCCCCCCCCUUCCGCCACCCGCGCCCGCCACCUCAACUUUCGGCUCCGGCCGGUGGGAGAAAGGGGUCCCAGGGGCCGCCGGACGGCCAAUCCCGCCGGCUCCUCAGCUCCGCCGAGCUCCGACCUUCUUGGAAGGGAGGAGCGCCUAGUUGCCCUACCUAAAGCAGUUCUUUCCUGAAGAGCCAAGAAUAUUUGCCAUCAUUCCAUCAUGAUGGCUACACCCAGGACACUAUUGCCAUGUCUUUGGCUUCUUGUGCUUUCCAUGACAACAUGUUUAGCUCAAGCGACUUCACCACCACCAUCCCCACCACCAGGAUGUGGCAAGGACUUGAACUCCAUCUACUACAACCUCUGUGACCUAUCUGUCGCCUGGGGCAUUGUGUUAGAAGCCAUGGCCGGCUUUGGGGUUGUCAUCAGCUUUGUCCUCACUGUGGUCUUAGUGGCCAGUCUGCCUUUUAUCCAAGACUACCGGAAGAAGAGCUUAAUAGGGACUCAAGCUUUCUUUCUGUUGGGCACUUUGGGGCUUUUCUGCUUGACCUUUGCCUUCAUUGUCAAGCAAGGCUUCUCAACAUGUGCUUCACGACGCUUCCUCUUUGGCGUCCUCUUUGCUAUCUGCUUCUCCUGCCUGGCUGCCCAUAGCCUCAGUCUCAAUUUCUUUGCCCGGCAAAACACUGGGCCUCGGGGAUGGGUCACCUUUGGCAUGGCUUUUGUCCUCGUCUUGGUGGAAGUCAUCAUCAACACUGAGUGGCUCAUUAUUACUGUGGUGAGGAAUGAUGGUACUACCAAGGAUCCCUGUGACCUGAAGAACGAGGACUUUGUUAUGGCACUCAUCUAUGUAAUGUUCCUGCAAGUAGCUACUUUCAUUGCUACAUGGCCUGUCUUGUGGGGACAUCACAAGCACUGGAGAAAGCAUGCCGUUUUCAUUCUCCUUACUACUUCCUUUUCCAUGGCCAUCUGGAUAGUAUGGAUUGUUAUGUAUAUUUAUGGCAACCAGCAGGACCAGAGAUCAACUUGGGAUGACCCCACCAUGGCUAUUGCUCUUGUCUCCAAUGCCUCAGUUUUUGUUUUGUUUUAUAUCAUUCCUGAGAUUUCUCAGGUGACCAAGCCAGGACCAGAGCAGGCCUAUGAGGAUGAUGUCUACCCCACAAGGGGGGUUGGUUAUGAAACAAUCCUCAAGGAGCAGAAAUCCCAAAGCAUGUUUGUGGAGAACAAAGCUUUCUCAAUGGACGAACCUUCUUCAGCUAAAAAGCCAGUGUCCCCAUACAGCGGAUACAAUGGGCAGCUUCUGACAAGCGUCUAUCAGCCCACAGAGAUGACUUUAAUGCACAGUGGGCCUUUGAAUGCCCCUUAUGAUGUCAUCCUCCCUCGUGCUACAGCCAACAGCCAAAUGAUGGGCAGUGCCAAUUCUACCCUGCGUGCUGAUGAUGCUUAUGUUUCACAGAGUAAGCAAGCAUCAGUUCAGAAAGAUGGAAGGAACGGGCAAGCGAGCGAAAUGGCUUCAUCUCCAUAUAGCAAGCACAGAUGGUAGAAGUUUUGAGUCCUGAUCUCCACACAUUAUGGUCCUUGAGGAUGUCUUACAAAGCCUGCCUCCACAAAGGAGCAUCUAACCGGGGCAAGGCCUCAGAUAGACAUGGAGAAUGGAGAUGUUAUCCUGGGAACUGAGAAAAUUUCAUCUUGGUUGCUGAGGCAAUGCAUUUCUUUUUCUCAUGCAUAAACCAAGCGUUCUACUUGACAUCUGUUACAGUAAAUCUGGGUCACUGGGUCAGGAUGCCACCUCCUGUUCUGUGUUCCGAACAGUGGGCCUUCUAUUCUCCUUGGAGCCUUCAGUCAAAUUUAUAAUUCCACCUCUGUUUUGCCAGUAUUUUGAGAGCUUCCCUUAUUUUCACCCCACCAAUGAUGGGCCACAUUCAGAGCAUUGAAUCUUGUUCAUUUUGUACAAAUACGGUGUUAUGAGUGCUGAGAAGUUCCAAUCUACAGAUCACAAUUCAGCCUCUUGUUGGAGGAAUAGAUGCUUCCUGCAUUUUCCCAUCUCAUGUCUACUCCCACAAGAGAGUGUUUUGGAAAUCAGAAGGGUAUCACUCCAAUUAUUCUUUAAUAGAGGCCAUUCUUCUUAACGGAGAGAGAAAAACUGGUCAAAUGUAGCAAGAACUCUUAUUUGAAGCCUGUUUUGCUUUCUCCUAAUCCUUCUAUCUUUGGACCAAGCCCUGGAAUGUGACAUCAUGGUAUUGUUUGGGAAUCCUUAUUAUCUCCUCUUCUGUUAAUCCCUCCCUCUUAUGAAAAUUAAGGCUGCAUAUUUUUAAAAAAAUGCUUGAUGUUUUACUUUGAAUGUCUGUGUUUAUGCAAGAUGUUGGAUCUACUUUACAUUGUGGUCAGAGUCUAAACAUUCUUAUCUGACUUUGACAACCAACUUGGUGAUUGAAUAUGUUGGAGGCACCAGUGGACAUGAAAGAAGGAAACUAUAUUAAAACAAUAUUUUCAUUUUAAUGACACAUAAAAUGGUGGAAUUUGCAAGACUGCUGUCAGUAACUGUUUUGUCAAAAAAGUUCAUUGCCGAUUGUGCUUUCAAUAUGGAUAAGCCUUCCUUAAUUUGAUCUUCUCUCGAACUGAAGGACAAGGACUAUCACCCCAACCAGAGCGGAAGUGCAAGAAAACUGCCCAGAUUUGGGUGGGGUGGGGUGGGAAAUGCAGAUCUAUGAAGGGAAAGUAAAGGAAUUUAAUUGCAAGGAGAGGCCAGAGGGCUUUACAAGAGAUGGGUGGUGUCAUGUAACUGCACAAACUAUUCCCAUUGUAAAAGCUUGUGCUGCUGAAUGGAUUCUGUCAGGCUUAAAAACACCUGGGAGUGGCAGUUUCAUUACAGAAAUGUAAUUGUCUCUUUUUUGGCAUUACUCAUCUUGCUUUACCUCGUCCUCACCAGGUGAGGAUGAGUCACCUCCAUUUAGGAUAUUUUAUUAUGCUGACUUAUCUUUUCUCAUCUUUUUUGUGCUGUUCCUUGGGGAAUUGUUCAGACUCUGGAACAAAAACUUUCCCCUGUGGAGUUGCCUCACCUCACCUCUGAUGGUGGGUUCUGAGAUGCACAGUCUUACGCCUCAAUAAAUCUAUUUGAUAUGCCUUCAGUUCUUUUCAUGGUAUCCCCCUUUCUCUUCAUGUUUUGGUGUGCUAGUUCCUGGCUUAUGUCCAUCCUGUCCUUAUGCUGCUAUUGUGUGCCAUUUUUCUCUUUGCCUCUUCUCUUUUGGGCUGAAAAGGGAUGCUGUUUCUCUCAUGCUGGCAGGAGAAGGAAGCUAGCUUGAUAAAAAGAAGCACUUCCUGUUUCUUGCAAUGCAUUUUCAUCAAGUCUUCUCCUGGCCUCCUAGACUGAUGUCCUCUGAAGUUUAGCUUGCUUUGAUUGUGUAAGCAUUUUGAGCAGGUAAAUUCUUUUCCAGACUUCUCCAAAUAGGAGCCUCCAAAUGUGUGGGGACAGUGACUCCACGAGAGUUCUUUGGGCCGUCUUCUGAUUGGAAAGGUAUUCUCUACUGUUUAUAGAAGGACCAUACCCUGCCUGUAGAGUCUGUGCUCAGGAAGCAGACGGAGCAAGUUUAUACUGACUCAGACCCUAGCUAGUCUUGAAGAGGCUUGCAUUGAGUCGUGAUUUCUGCUUGUCUUGCUGAGAAUGCUGCUCUGUACCUUGCUAGAGGAUGAGUCUGCUUCUAGCUUUUGGCUGAAAGAUUCUCUGCUCUGAUAAUGAGGAAUGAUGUAAUCUCCCUCUGCUAAUGGAAGCUGGGUAAAUGGCAGAAGACUAAGGAGGAAUGUCCCUGACUGCUAUUUCAUCCAGACUACUCUUUAAGUGGAUUGGGGAAGUGGUUCUUAUCAGAUAUGACUUUUCAAAUUCAGAAUUGUCUGACAAAUUAAAUAUCUUUUUUCCCCCCUAAAAGUGACUUCUGACGACUUGUUUUGUGAUAUUCUUUUGUGGGUUUGAGAACAAAGGAGGAAGAGUUGAGAAAGAGAAGGGCAAAAAUUACAAAUGUUUCUCUUCUGACUCUUUAUUGUGCAUUUCCUAACUGAUGGAUUCAGCUGAUUAAUAGGAAGGAUUUGGACUUCCCAGAACAUUGAACUUAAUUAUUCUACGAUUUGAAAACUCAGAUAAUUUUAUUUGACACAAGAUUUAUUUUCUGGACAAUGUAUGGAACAUAACAUUCCGUUCCAGUCUGGGCAAUAUUCUUGUUUUGCUCUUGUUCUAUUCUUUUUAACUUUUUUGAAAAGAUAAGUACUCUGCCGAGGUAUUUAUACUACUAAUUUUAGCUGUAAUACAUUUUUGAGGAAUAAACAUUGACUCCAACGUGCUCUAUUUUUUCCAGCCUGCAGAAAUAUUGUUCCUUAUGGCCAUGAUUUCCUCUCAGAAUUAUUGGAUAAGAGUCCCCUCAUCUUUGUACCAGAUAUCCCAAAGGUAUUUUUCAAAAGACAACAGGACUUUUGGGUUUUUUUUUCCCCCUUAAAAAUGUUUCACUUCUCAUCCAAGAAGUUUCUUCAGAUCUGAAGAAGAAGCAGAACUGAAGAAGCUUCUUGGAUGAAAAGUGAAACAUUUUCAAGGAAAAAAAAAUCCCAAGAAGGUCCAGUUGCCUUUUGAAAAGCAUCUUUGGGACAACUAAGACGUGGAUAAUUGACAAUAUCCAUAGAUGCUUUGUACCAGAUGUUGUAGAACUCUAGAUUCUAGAAAAUAAAGGUGGCAAGACCCUAUUUUCUGUGUGAUGAUAGCAUUUCAACCUAUCUACAAGCAGGAGAAUCUUUCAUUAUUUAGGAGUCCAGUGAUCAAGAACUGGCUACCUGUUUCUUGCUAAAAUUGCAGGUUUGUUACCUGGCUUUAGGGCUUUUAUUAUCAUCAACUUAAAAGCAGCUUAUUUUAAAUACCAGCUACUAAAGAAUAACCAAGAAGUUACACUAUCUAGUUGGACAUUGUGUGACAAAGAAUGCUGGAUUAGAUAGCUCAUUGGUCUCAUUCAGCAGGCUCUUCUUGGGUCCUUCUGGUUAUGUCACUCUUUCUUAUGGAAGUACAAUGCACUUUAACAUUGUAUUUUGUGGUGGUUGACAUUGUGGUGUAUUCCAGCCUCAUCCUUAGACGGUUACUCAUGUAGCUGCAUUAGUCUUGCAAUUCUCUGAAUUUCUAGCCAAUAAAAAUUUACAGGUGGCUUAUUUUUUGCUCUUCUACCAACUUGGAGGUGGGGUGCCAGUCUACAGACAGAGAAUGAAUAAAGAUAUUUAUGAAUAAAUAUA